AUGUCUCAGAUUAGAGGUCUUGAGGUACUCAAUGACUGCAACGAGAAUCAGAAAAUGCUUGCUAAACUUCCAGACUGGCUGACCUCAAGAUGGAACACGAAAGUCAUAAAAGUGGAAGAACAAAGUCACACGUUCCCAAGCUUCAGCCAAUUCGUCAAGUUCCUUACACGUGAAGCAAAAAUUGCUUGCAACCCGAUAACGUCCCUCUACGCUCUAAAACCAAGUGAAGUUGAGAAGAGCAAGGCUUCAAUGAACAGAGGUCCUGGAGCAAAGGUAUUGGUAACAAACUCUGAUGAGAAGGCUGUCGCCACAAGCUGUGUGUUCUGUGAGAGGGAAGGUCACAGUCUACACAAGUGUUAUAAAUUCAUGGAUGAGACGGUCUCUGAGCGAGUCAAGUUUGUUCAAGAAAGGAAGUUGUGCUUUGGCUAUCUGAAGUCUGGCCAUCAUUCAAAGGAAUGUGAAAACAGAAUAAUCUGCAAUACAUGUGAAAGGAGACAUCCAACUUGCCUCCACAACAAUUGCACCAAGGAAGGAAGGAUGUUAACAAGGCCUGAUGAAGCAAGAGACCGUGAGCGGUCAACUGAAGUGUGGGUGUCAGCCACAAGUGAGCCUAAUCGUGAAGUUCUUGUGUAUGCACUUCUGGAUACACAGAGUGACACAACCUUUCUCCUAGAAGACACUGCAAAAGCUCUACACGUGAAGAACGAACCAGUUCAGCUAAAGCUCUCCGCAAUGGCUUCAAGAAACACAGUUGUGUCCUGUAGGAAACUGACUGGUCUACAAGUUAUCGUGAAGCAAGUGAUAUCAGGUAUUCAGUCGUCUACAAACCUCACAAGCGAAGUGCAUUAUGUCUGUAGAACACAGAUCAAGGAAGUAGUCUCACCUGCAGCUGUCAUCAAGGUGCUGGAAGCUGACUUUGUGGAAAGAAUUUCAGAGGAAGGCAACAUCUCUCAAGAAGACCUCCGAUUCCUGUCAAGGAUGGAAAAAGGCAUCAGGCUCAAGGAGGAUGGUCACUAUGAGAUGCCACUGCGGUUUAAGAAAGAAAGACCCAACUUACCAGACAACAAGAUAUGUGCCAUCCAUCGUCUCAGGUGCCUAGAAAGGAAGCUGAAAAGAAAUGAACAGUAUUACAAAGACUACAAGACCUUCAUGGAUGAGACCAUAACUCGUGGAGAUGCAGAAAAUGUCUCACAAGUAGACGUCAGUAAAGCUCCAGCAUGGUACAUUCCCCACCAUGGGGUGUAUCAUCCGCAAAAGCCUGGGAAAAUUCGUGUCGUUUUUGACUGUUCCGCGAGGUAUCAAGAGACAGCCUUGAAUGAUCAUCUCCUGACAGGUCCAGAAUUGGCGAACACCUUGUUGGGAGUCCUUUGUCGUUUUCGUAGAGGUCCAGUGGCGAUCAUGUGUGACAUAGAACGCAUGUUUCAUCAGUUCCAUGUAAAGGCAGAAGAUCAGGAUUACCUACGUUUCCUAUGGUGGGAGAAUGGAAAUCUUGAAGCACAACCCUCCAUCUAUUGGUUGAAAGUCCACUUGUUUGGUGCAGUUUCCUCUCCUGGCUGUGCCAACUUUGGACUCAAACACCUGGCCGCUGAAGGACGAGGACGCUUCAGUGAAGACACCAUCCAAUUCAUCCAGAAGAAUUUCUAUGUGGAUGAUGGCUUGGCAAGUGUAGCAUAUGAAAGGCAAGCAAUCAAACUAGUGAAAGAAGCGAGAGAGCUAUGUAGCACAGGCAAACCUCGGCUACAUAAGUUCAUCUCUAACAGCAAGGAAGUCCUAGCCACAAUCCCUAAAGAGGAAUGUGCUGAAGCUGCCAAGGACCUGGACAUGGCACUGGGAGAACAACACAUGGAUAGAGCACUCGGUGUCCAGUGGUGUGUGGCUUCUGACGAAUUCCAGUUCAGGGUAAUUGUCAAAGAAAAUCCAUUCACCCGAAGAGGAGUCUUGUCCACGGUUGCCUCAGUGUAUGACUCGCUCGGAUUUGUGGCACCCUUCAUCUUGGUGGGAAAGCAGAUCUUGCAGAUGUGUCGUGACAAGCUCAGUUGGGAUGACACCUUACCAGAUGACCUCCUACCCCUGUGGGAAUCUUGGCUCCAAGACCUGAAAAACCUGGCUGGUGUGAAGAUCUGGAGAUGCUACGCUCCACCAAGUUUCAAUGUCCAGCACUAUGAGCUCUACCAUUUCUCCGAUGCCAGUGUGACGGGCUAUGGAGUGUGCUCAUAUCUCAGAGUGGUCAGUACAUCAGGUGAAGUCCACUGUACCUUAGUAAUGGGAAAGUCAAGAGUCGCCCCUACUAAGGUGACGACCAUACCAAGACUAGAGCUGUCAGCAGCAGUGGUAGCUGUUCGCAUCAGUGACAUGCUCAAGAAAGAGCUCAAAGUAGAAUGCCGUCAAGAAAUCUUCUGGACUGAUUCAAAGGUUGUACUUGGAUACAUCAGUAAUGAAGCCAGAAGAUUCCACAUGUUCGUAACAAACCGCUUGGAACGCAUCAAGCUAAGCACAGAGUCUGCGCAAUGGAGGUAUUUAACUUCUGAGGAGAACCCAGCAGAUCAUGCCUCAUGAGGUCUCACAGCAGGACAACUUAUAGCCUCUAACUGUUUCACAGGCCCAGACCUUCUUAGGCAGAAAGAGAUACCAAGUGGAGAUGUCAAGGUGGGAGAUGUCUCAAGUAGUGACCCAGAGCUCAAGAAGGCCCAGGUUCAUGACACUCAGGCAAAAGAGGUGAGGUCGCUCUUAGAUCGCCUACAAAGGUUCUCCGACUGGUCAAGAGUGGUGAAAGCUAUUGCCAGGCUCAAGCGCCAUGCAAGGGAAUUCAAAGGCAGCAAGCCCAAGUCCUGUGAAGCCACCAGUUUAGAGGAAAGGAGAGAGACAGAAGUGGACCAAAGACCGCAGAAACGCGAAGGUCAAUGACAUUGUUCUGCUAAAGGAUGAUGCAACACCACAGAAUCAGUGGAAGUUGGCAAGGAUCAGUGAAGUUCAUCCUGGGAAGGAUGGAAGAGUGAGAAGACUCCAGUUGCUGAAAGGUGACUCAACUCUCGAUGAUAAUGGAAGCGCACCUCCAAACCGGUUCACCUGGAGAGACCCAUAGUUAGAUAGUAUUUUGAAAUAAUGUGUUAUAUGCAGUAUGUAUGUCUCUAAAUUGUUCUAAGAAAUCACAUAUGAUUUGGUGGGAGUGUAACUGCCCCACAUCGGCAGUUAGUUAAAUUCUGAACCUCACGGUUUUUGGUUCCUACCUGAAAUAGUAGCGUUCCUAAGGGGGGAACUAAUUGCCGACUUAGUUUCCAGGGGGGCACGGUUGUUGGCACACACAGAAGCCAUGACUAAGAAGAAACCAAGAAAUACCUCUUAAGUAGUAAGCAGUGGACGAGUGUACAGUUCGUCGAUGGGGGGGGAGGUUGCAUCUAACAACCUUCUUGGCUGAUUGAAUGAUGUGCUGCAGCCUCCAGAUGUCAUGCUUGAUGGCUGAGCCAAACCAGACCAUGAUGGAGAAGGUGAGGACAGACUCUAUGAUGGCAGUAUACAACUGGAUCAUCAUUGCCUGUGGCAGAUUGUGUUUUCUCAGCUGCCGCAAGAAGUACAGGUACAUCCUCUGUUGGUCCUUUUUGACUGUGGAAUCGAUGGUGGCCUCCCAUUUAGGGUCCCUGGAGAUGAUGGUUCCAAGGAACUUAAAUUACUCCACAGAUGUGACUGUGGUGUUGUUGAUGGUGAGUGGGGGGAGGUGAGGGGGAGCUCUCCUAAAAACUACUAUCAAUUCCACUGACUUAAGAGCAUAGAGCUCCAGGUUGUUGUGAUGGCACCAGGACGGCAGCUGUGUCACUUCCCGUCUUAGGCAGAUUACCCCCCAUCCUGGAUCAGUCCAAUCAGGGUUGUGUGGUCCGCAAACUUGAAAAGGUUGACAGAGGAGUCUGUGGAGGUGCAGUUGUUGGUGUAGAGAGAGUAAAAGAGAGGGGGGAGUACGCAAUCUUGCGGUGCUCCUAUGCUGCGGGUCAGUGGGUCCAAGAUGUGCUUUCCCAGCCUCACAUGCUGCUUCCUGUCUGUCAGGAAGUUGGUGAUCCACUGACAGAGGAGUGCAGGCACAUUCAACGGGGAGAGUUUGGUGUGUAAUUGCUCUGGCACAAUGGCGUUGAAUGCAGAGCUAAAACCCACAAACAAAAUCCUUGCUUAGGUCCCCUGGCAGUCUAGGUGCUGGAGGAUGAGUUAGGUAGUUAUGUUUCUGUCUAUCUACCCUGCAGUAGAACUCAUUCAGGUCAUUGGUCAGCUGACGAUUGUCCAAGGAGUGGGAGGUUUUCGUCUUGUAGUUGGUAAUUUCUUGCAAGCCCUUCCACACUGAAGAAGAGUCAUUAGCUGAGAACUUGCUCCUCAACGUCUAAGAGUACCUUUCCUUGGCAGGUCUGAUUCCUCUUCUCAGCUUGUACUUGGCCUGCUUGUAGAGAUAUACAUCCCUGCUCCUAUGGGCCUCAUCUUUAGACUGGCGGAGCUGUCUGAGUUCUGAUGGAAACUAGGGCUUGUCAUUGUUGAACCUGAUCCGGGUCCUAGUGGGAAUGCAACUGCCCUCACAAAAGCUGACAUAUGAUGUCACAGUGUCUGUAUAUUAAUCGAGGCUUGUGGUUGCUUCCCUGAACACAUUCCAAUCAGUGCUGUCAAAGCAGGUCUGUAGGUUUUCAAUGCCCUCGCUUGUCCACUUUUUCAUUGUUCUGAUCACAGACUUAGCAAAUUUUAGUUUUUGCCUGUAGGUCGGAAUAAGGUGAACUAAACAAUGAUUAGAGAGUCCCAGAGCCACACGAGGAACAGAGCGAUAUGCAUUCCUGAUUGUAGAAUAAUGCCCCUGUCCCACCUAGGGAACCUGAACGGAAACCUCUGGUGAUCUUGCGCCCCACCCUAGGUUUCCAUGAGCCGCCAGAGGUUUUGGUCACUCGCCUGGAAAGCCUCGACCGAAGCAUGAGCUGCAUCUACAGACCAAAGAUCCAAGAGGAUCUUUGCUACUGACCGCACACACACACGCACACACACAAACACAUCGCGAAGAUGGGGGCCAGGGACAGCGGAGGAGCGCUGUCUGCGCGAUGAAGAGGAAGGUAAAUGGCUGCCACAGA